AUGGAGUCUUCUGGCGAAAGUUUUACAUGGACAGAUGCUUCAAGUGAUUCAUGUGAUAUGAUUCCCGGAGAUAACACCGAAAAUGCUGCAGAUAAGGAUUCCAAAAAAGAUAAAGGCGAUGAGACAAAUGAAAUACAGCAUAAAGAGAAAAAACCUAAAAAUAAGAAACGACGAGCCUCGCAAAUGUUAGAAAACAACUCUAUUGAUACAGAUAAAAGUAUUAAGGUUGAACUUGAGAGUGAUUUAGAGGCGCCUAAAAAGAAAAAGAAGCGGAAAAAUACUGAAAAUCAUGAUCAUUUGGAACCAUCGCAGGAUUCACUUCUGGCUGAAGAUUAUUUAAACUUAAGAGUAAAACAGGAGCAACUAUCAUUCGUUGAGCCGGAACCUGUGAAAAAGAAGAAAAAAAGUAAAAAAGACAAAGUUAUCGAGUUGGACACACAAGAUUCAGAAUCCACCGAGACAUCUAGCAUAAGAUGCGAAGUUAAUAACACAUAUGAUGAUUCAUUAAAUAACUUUGAUGAAACCGUCAUAGAAAUAGAUAAAUUCGAAGCUGAAGAAACCAUUGUGCAGAAGAAGAAAAAGAAAAGUGAAGAUUUUAAAUCUAAUUCAAGUGGAAAUGAUAGUACUUCAUUAGAAAAAUCACCAGAGAAACUGAUAAGCAAUAAUCAAAGUAAAGAAUCACAUUCAAUUACAAACGGGUAUCUCGAAUGUGAGUCAGAUUUUGAACCGAAAAUAAAAUUGAAGCCGGCACCACAAAUAAAACCAGCGAAAACUAAAAAGAAGUCGCUCGAAAAGGAAUCGAGCAAUAAAAAAACAACACGAAUUUCAGAUAGAAUAACAUUUGAUGAUGAUGAGAGUGCUGAUUCAGAAAACAUAGUGACGGCACCAUCAAAACAAAUUCAACAAUUUUUAAACAUGAAUCCAAACCUCAAGCCUUAUACCCCUGAUAUAUUUAAGGAAGAUAUAAUUACAAGCGAUGAUGAAAUUUGGGUACUCAAAGUACCUAAAGAAAUAGAUAUCAAGGCGUUAAAGGAUCUAAAUAUAACUUUAGCCUCCAAAUUGAAGGUCAAAAUUAAUGGACAUUCAUAUGAUGGUUCCGUUGAAAACCAUUUGUCCCAAGUACCUUUGCUAUGUCACAGCACAAAUAACUCAUAUAUUAAGAAUAUGCCCUGUAUGGGAGAAAUAAGUUUACGUAAAAGGAUACCUAAAGCACAUAUACCUCAAGAGUCCUGUAUGGUCAAUAAUCAAACAAACUUUAUACCGCUGCCCGAGACCAAGUGCAGGCACCCAUUGUUCGGCUUAAAUUAUAAAAAGGCUAUCAAAAUACCGAGUGCGAUCGCUGAGCGAUUGAAUGGGAAUAUUGAUGAUCGUGCAUCAGAAUUGUUUAAUGGUAAAAAAGAAAAGAAAAGAAAGCAAAAGAAAGAAAAAAGAAAGAUUGAAAAGGAAUCGGAAAAUGAGGUGGAUAAUACAGAACAUAAUGAGAGUGAAGUACAAGAAUCAAGUAGUAAAACUAAAAGGAAAAGAAAGCAUAGUGAAGAUGUUAUCAAAACAAAGAAAUCAAAACGAUCCAAAGUAGAUCUAGACUCGGCAGAAGCCUGGGAGUCAGAACGAGCCAUUGAAGAAAAUCUAUUCAAUUUUUAA